AUGGGCAGCCUGAGAAUCCGUGUACACAUGAUGGUGAACAGGGAGGGUGGAGUAGCUGAGAGGAGAGCCAAGGCCGUAGCCGUAGUUCAGGCCGUAGCCGAGGAGACCGUGGCCGUAACCGUAGCUGCCGGCACCGUAGCCGAGGGAGCCAACACCGUAGCCGUAGUAGGCUGGGACAGCGUGAGCAACGCCGUAGGUAGCAACGGCUGGGGCAGCGUGGGCAACGUGGGAAACGCCGUAGGUGGCGACGGCUGGGGCAGCGUGGGCAACGUGGGCAACUCCGUAGGUAGCGACAGCUGGGGCAGCGUGGGCAACGGUUGCAACAGCUGGGGCAGCGUGCACAGUAGUCACGGCUGGAGCAGCGGCGUAGCUGGCGACCACGGGAGCGGACUGGACAACCUUGGUGACAGCUGGAGCAGCGUAGGUGGCGACACGAGUGACAGCUGGGGCGGUAGCGUAGGUCUGGACAACUGGAGCGGCCUGGACCACCCUGGUGACAACUGGGGCGGACUGGACGACCUUGGUCACAGCUGGAGCAGCGGCGUAGGUGACAGCUGGAGCGGACUGGACCACCCUGGUGACAGCUGGGGCGGCGGCGUACGUCUGGACAACUGGAGCGGCCUGGACCACCCUGGUGACAGCAGGGGCGGACUGGACGACCCUGGUCACAGCUGGAGCAGUGGCGUAAGUGACAGCUGGAGCGGACUGGACCACCCUGGUGACAGCUGGGGCGGCAGCGUAGGUGACAGCUGGAGCAGACUGGACCACCCUGGUGACAGCUGGGGCGGCAGCAUAGGUCACAGCUGGGGCGGCGUGGACAGCGGUCACGGCUGGAGCGGCGUGGACAGCGGUCACAGCUGGAGCAGCGUGGUAGGUGGAGACCGUGCGGGUAACAGCUGGAGCAGCGACGGCGUAGCUGGCGGCGGGGGCAUAUCCGUAUCCGAAGCCAGCACCAUAGCCGGUAACGCCGGAGUAGCCAACUCCAUGGGACAGGCCGUAAUGAGAGAGACCAAGGCCACCGUAUCCGAGGCCAGAAUAACCGAGGCUACCGUAGCCAAGGCCGUAGCCGAGGUUGCUGGCAAGGGUGUAGCUACCGGCAACGUGACCAAGGUGGCCAGCGAAGGCGCUGGCGGCCAGGGCAAGGACAAUACAGGCACGCAGCUGCAGAGAUAA